GAAUACUCAGUCUAUACCGGGAUCUUGACGCGUGUGGUGUACCGCUCUUUCCACCAAUUGUACAGUGAGGUGUGUUUUUAUUUACUGGCUGCACUGUACGGCAUAUACUUUAGUACACGGAGGAUAAGACGCACUCAAGGACUACACUGUAAGAGACUUGGCCAACAAUUCACAAGGAACUAAAAUUGCACCAACGACGCCCUUGAGGAAGAGACAGGGAAUGCUUGGCCCCGUGUGAUGCUCGGGGAGGGAGUGGUGGUGGCGGGGGCUGGCGGGGCGCCCCUCCACCGCCCCCGAUCAGCUGACAACCUCUCACGCCUCACCGCCGCCUCCUCCAUCCCCGCCCUUGAUGACCUGGCCGAGUCUGAGGUGUUCGUGGGGGAUGAGGAUGAUGAGGUGGACGGUGGGGAGGCCUACCUACGACCUCCUCUGCCCCCAAUAGACCCUGGCCUCCCUGGGGAAGACACGCCCCCUGACCUGCUAUCCCCUCCGUGCCCACCCUCAUCCACCAGUCUGGUGAUCGCCUACCACGAGGAAGCACUGCGGCUGCCUCUUGACGCCGUGAAGGAAGAGGUGGAAGCUGAGGCACUCGAAGAAGCCAGCAUGAUCCUUUCCAGCGGCCCUGCCUCCCUGGGCCACGCCUCCCUCGGCCCCUGCUCACUCACGUCCUCCAUGGUGUCGUCUGCCUCGCUGGAGGACAGCACCCUCUCCUCCCGCACUGACACCUUCGACACAGUGAUAGCAGCAAUCCCUGACCUCUCCCCCUCCACUCCAAACGCCCCCAUCUCCACCUCUCCCCCGCCACGCUCCGCACCGCGUCCUGGGAACAAAGAUGCCGCUCGGGUGGCCGGCACCUCCUCGGCCCGCACCUCCCCCACCUCCCCCCGGGGCUCCUCUGGCCGCAGCUCUCCUAGAACCUCCACCGACUCACCCAGCACCCCUGAAAAGCGGCGAGGGGCCUCCCGGAGCGAAGGCGGCAGCAACACCAGCAGCCGGGGCAGCACCCCCCGGGGCACCCCGCGUGUGGCUUCAUCCCGGGGCGACGACAAGAAAACGCCCCGAGGCACUGCACGGGCCACCGCGGGCACCAGGCCCUGUGCCCGUGCCCAGGAUGGUCGACGGGACACUCACACCCACGCCCACACCCGCACCAAGACCGAGGAGGGCCGCGGCACCACCCUCACCCGCAAAAAAAAGGUUGACCCCGAUAGCCGGCCCGGCACCACUCUGGGCCGCAAGAAGGAGGCGUCGGCGGCGGUGCCGGCGGACAAGUACGGCAGCUUGGGACGGCGGCGGCGAGUGAAGGACACGGCUGAGGCCAAAGACGGGGGCAAGGAUGGCGGGACUCUGACCCGGGACAGCAAGCAGACGCUGGACAUGUACGCCACCCUGCCCCGCCGCCGUGCCAAGGAGGUCAGCGCCCGCUGGAAGGAGCAGAUGGCGGCCGAGGACGAGGCGUCGCGACCUUCCCUGAGACGCACCAAAUCUGUCGGCAAGAGUGAGGGAGCAGCAAGCAGUGCCACAGCAAAGGGCCGCUCCUCCCUCAUGACCACCAGCCUCCCUGCAUCGGCCCUGCGGCCCCGCAGUCCCCGCACCAACCCCCCUGCUAAGUCCACCUCCACCUCAACCUCCAACCUGGCGACUCGCAAGGAGAAGACCAUCAUCUGCAUGGAGGCGGCCACGCAGACGGCUCUGACAAGCGGGGACGUGGCCUCUGCCCUCAGAGCAAUGUCCCGCCAGAACUCCCUCGGUGCUGAGGAGGACGAAGAAGUGCCAGAGGUCACCAGGCCCCAUGCUGUUAUUGUACGGGAGGAGUCCACACCAGAGGAACUACCGCCCAGCAGGAGUGUGGAGGUUCAGGUGGAGUUAGCCUGGAGGCUUGGUGAAGGGGACCUGCCGGAGCAUGUGCGGCGUCUCACUGAGGAACACACGCGGCUGCAGAAUGAACACUCCAGGGCAAGGGUGCGCCUGGAGGAGAUGGAGGGCCUGAGGGAUGAGCUGCAGAAGCUGAAGGUCUUACAGGAGGAGAAAGCAGAGAAGGAGGAAGUGCAAGGGGAGCUCGACAGGACGUCCCAGAGAGUCAAGGAUAUGCUGGUUUCCAUGGAAGGAGUGGAGCAUGAGUUUAACAGCCGAGGGGACAGCCUUCUGGAGCUUGAGUCUCAGCUCCACCAGUCAGCCGACAUACACAUACAGAUGCAGGAGAGACUUAACAGAUUCGAGGAGUGCAACUUGAAGAUUAAAAGGGACCUGGACAAGAGUGUGGCAGCUCAGAAGACUCUCCUCCAACAAGUGCAGGACCUAGAAAAUGAGAGCAGAGAGAUGGCAGACUUCAUGGCGGAGGAGAAGAAUGCCUUGGCUGAGUGUCUGAGGGAAGCAGAGUCUGAGUUGAAGAAGUUCAAGUCAGAAUGUAAUCAGCUAAACACCAAACUCAAGGAGAAGGAGGAUGAAGUGAGACACUUGACGAGGGUGGCAGAGGACAGAAGAAACAAGUACAUGCAGCUUCAGUCUGAGAUGAGCUCCAUUCAGUGCCGCACCCGAGACAUGAUGGUGUGCCAGGGUGCCGAAGUGUCUGGCGCUGCUGUGUCGCUCAACAAUGUCUCCUCUCGUCUCCGUGCUCUCAUUGCGAAGCUGGUCCAGGAUUACACCAUUACUGACGCUGACCUUGAGAUGAUUGUGACGCCAAGUGAAAGUGACAGCAGUGCCUCAUCCACCAAUGGCACUCCAGAGCACAAGCCUCCUGGCAUCAAGGUGGCCACGCGGCGCACUCCUUCACCCCGUAAGACAGCCUCCUUCAUGACAGCCCUGCUCAGUGCCAUGCGAAUGGGACCCACCCGGUCCAGGAUGGGAGACAUUGGGGGUGCCAUAUCCAGCUUGACCAAUGGGAGCAGUAAGGAGCAGAUGACAGAAGGCCGUAACUCUCCUGAGGGGUCAGAAAGUAACGAGUUGGUGGAGGGCGGCAGUGCCUCUUCCACCCUAACAGACCAGGUGACGGAGAUGGAUGUCCUCCUCACCCGCUUCCUCAAGGUCUGCUGUGUCCUCAAGAAUGAAUCUGACUUGCAGUUGGCAGAGACUGAGGAUGAGAAUGAUCGUCUGAGCAACCAGCUACGGUCACAGCAGCAGGUGAUUGAGCAGCAGCACUCAGACUACGAGGUGCUGGCCUGCUCUGAAGCUCGGGCAAGGAAGGAGUUGGCUGCAGUGACGCAUGACCUGGAGGUGGCCAACAAGAAUCUCACCAAGUACUUUGAGGCUGAGUAUGAUCACCAGGUCAUGAAACUCCAGAAUGAAGUGGAGAAGCUUGGUGGCAAUGUGAGGCACCUGGAGGCACUCAAUGAGGAGAAGGAAAGGCAGCUGGAGGAAGCUCUCUCUCGCCUCUCUGCUGCCCAGGAGUCUGCUCCAGCCAACCAUGUCUCGGAGGCAAGUCACUACAGGGAGGUGUCCUGUCUCAGUGACAAGGUCACUUCGCUGCGUCAGAGUGUUAUGGAGCGAGAAAAGCAAAUCAUUGAGUUGAAUGACCGUCAUGCCAAGGACCUGGCCGGCCUGAGGGAGGCACAGGGGCAGACCCAGUACACGUCUAUGCAACUCACCUCCACUGUGGAAACUGUAUUGAAGACUCUGGAGGGGAUCCCAGACGUUGUGUCCAGCUGCCCAUCCCUCAAGCAGCUCUUCAACACACUGGCUGCCAACGAGAAGUCCACACAGCAGCAGCAGCAGAAUGGGAACAUUAAUACUCAGAAUGGCUUUACUAACAACACAGUCAACAACAAGGACCUUAAUGCCAACCCACAGUCCAUUAUCAGCCCUACCGUCAACAAUAAGAUGCUAAUCACCAACCAGUCUGCAGAAACCCACCUCUGAAUGACUUGCAGAGGAUGGGCUAAGUAGAGUAUGAGUGUGUGCAUGUGUGUGUGGGUGUGUCUGUGUGUUUAUUUUAUUCCUUAUCGAACUGUAGCAAUGCCAAGCAUGUAUUAUAAGUGAACGAUAACUUUGAGGCCAUAAAUAGUUUCUCAUUACAAGCAAAUUAACAUCACUGAGAAAACUUUCAUAUCAUUACUGCCUUAAAAUUAUGACCUCAGCUGGCAUUGACAGUUUUGGUGAGUGAACACAGUCUCUUUAUCCCUCCUCCUUUUAUGUUGGUACAGAUUAUGACGGAAAGUCAUAUGUUCACACUUGAAGCAACCUGGUGUGUUCUUAGGUGAUCCUCAAGUCAUAGUUUGCUUACAUAAAUGAGAACUUGAUCAAGGACUAUCCAUGAAUUCCUAGUUCUGCUUCAAUCACCCAGCAUCCAAAGGUUUCAACCAAUAGAUACUCUCCACAGCAAGGCUUCCCAUGUCCACAGUAACUGGUCUAGUGAUAGUCUUUGCUCUGUAACACCAAAGCUCCCUUUUUUUUUUUUUUUUUUUUUUUUUUUUUUCCUGUAGUAACUUAUAUAGUACCUUAUAACCUUAUAGAUGUGUAUAUAUGAGUACACAUUAUGAAGGGCUAUGUCUGUAGGCCCUGACUGAUCCUCACAAGAGAUGAGCGAUGCCUUAAUGGAUGUAUAUUUAAAUGCAGUGCUCCAUCAUUUUAGGUAAUUCCAUAUAUAAUUAAAUGUAUUACUCUCCAUCAGUAUUGCUUGAUAAUUUUGGAACCUGGCUGUCCUUUAAGCUAUGGAUUCUCAUAUGCUCAAGGUUUUUAGUGUUAAUGCACUGAGCUUUGUGAUCAGAAAUAAUCAAACACUAGACAAGCAACAUGUAAUGGUUUAGAAUGAUAUACAGUAGUGGUCAUAUAUUGUCAACCAUAUAAGUGCUCCUUCAACUAUUUAUUAUACUGGCUUAAAGACAAAAUAUAUGUGUACCAGAGCACUUAGCUGUAGUGUGUCCUAUGUACCCUUAGCACGCCUGCCAUCCAGACCUCCACAGAACAAGUGUACGCGUUCAUUGCUUGUGUUGUUGUGCAAGACGUUUCCAAGCAAGCGUUACAUGCUACCCAAAUAUCCACACAAGUAUACACAUGACAUGCUAAGCUGGGAUUUGCAUGACCCCUAAGGCCAGGCAUACACACCUACAAUACCCAACCACUGUGAUGGAGCAGAAAGCCUUAAUGACUGUUUUCUUUGACAUGAAUUUGAUCGUGACAAAAUUAUCAUUAUUCCAAAUUUUUUAACAUCAAAUUCUUUCGUUACGUCCUCUUUUUUUCAUAUUUUAUUUAAUUUACUCAGAUUUCGUUCUGAUAAAUUUCAUAAUUGAAUUCAGACACAUGGAUGAAUUGGAGCAAAAUUGAGCUGCUGGCUGGGAUUAACUAACAUAUUUCCAAAAGAUGAUACCAUAAGUGUGUUUUGAGUCCCCAGGUGGUCCCAUGUAUGGCAGGACUGUACUGAACUGAGGCUUGGGGGAGUGAGGAACAUUACUUAGGGUGAAGCCACAUUCUUGGUGGGCUCAGUAUUCUCCUCUGAUCCCUCUCUAAGACUACUACUCUCUUACUGGUCACAAAAUAAGAGAUAAAUGAAACUGAAUUGUGACAGUACAGUUUAUACAUCAAAAAUACUGUUAGUAUGAUCCACAUAUAUUUUGGAAAUUUACUUGACUGACUGUCCUUUGUAUAUAACUUCAUUUUUCAAACUAUUUAAGUUAUACAUAGAUGAUACAGUAACUAUCAGCUGUAAUAUUGUUCCAGUUCAUCCAGAGCUUUUAGUGUAAAUAAAAAGUUUCACCUUUAGGUUCGACCAAAACCCUUCUCAGUUAGGUUAGUCAUAAUGAUCUCGAUUUGGUUUAUAAACUCAGUAGCAUCAUAUUUUGUACUUAGCUUUAUAUUAAAAAACAAACAAAA